ACGGCGAACGGUACGGACGCGUAACUUCUCAUUUCAGUUGUUUAAUUUCUACUCAUUCGAACUCAAGUUGGAACUGAUUCGUCGUCGUCGUCGUCGUCUUCGCCAAGAGACUUGCAUUCACGACAUGGACAUCGCGUGAUAGUGAUAAUAUAUUUACGCUCACUGCUGCGCCCCAGUGAUUGUGUGUGGUGUGUUCGUUUGAGAGUACAAAGUCACCUCAGAUUUACCUUAGUUAGUUACUUGGAUGUAGGUACUUAGCUAUCGUGUUGCCUGAUUGGAACCUUAUCUGUUGGCUAAAAAACGCCUCUGGCAUCACAAAUUUUAUGAACUUUGAAGUUCCGUACAAAACGAGCGUUGUUUGUUUUCCACUUAAACCUGCUUGCUCGCGAUCUACCGGUCAUCAGCUCACAGUACAUUCUAGAAGACCGCAGUAAAAAGGAACUCGAUCGAGGAAACGCGCGUGCUGCUGCAUGUGCGCCAAAUCAACAAGUUCACAGUUCAGCUGAUCGGUUGUCGUAAAUUCCAACCAUGAACCUUUGACUGGAAGUGAAGUUGAGCCAAGAGCCCUCCUCCCCGUGAGGGUCAAAGUAAUUCAAUUAGCAAAACCGUUGAACAUGCGAUUCGCGUAAUUCAUAGGAAGGUGCAGAGACUAGUUAACCAUUCAUACGUAGGACCGAUCCUCGAACGAUGUUUUUGCCAACCAACGGACGAAGCUCGUAAACACUAUUCGUACUACCACUGCUCAGUUUGUUGAGUACAACUUGAGCUAGCUGUUGCUGAAGGUGAAUCAAUGCACCCGGCAACGAAAUAGAAAGGAAAACAAGCCCUGCCUUGCAGAACCACAACAAUUUGCAAACCGUUUAAAAUUGUUCAACGUUGUUGUUAGAAGUUGCAAAUUUCAGUAGUAUGUAAACAAUACUUUCGCUGCUAAGCUGAGUGCGUGUAUUUCAAAAGUGCUUGACUGUGCGAGAUUUGCAGCCGGUGGGUCCUGAUUAGUCGUUUUUUUUUGCUGUUGAGUGGAAUACUAAUCGUUCAAGGUGGCGCUGUUCGCAGUGAUCGAGAAGCGCUUCCGUGCGCGUCACGAGCGGCAUCCGGUUCCGUUGUCAGUGGCUCAUUCUCCAUGUCUUCCGACGCCGCCCUCGACGCCCCCAUCAUCGGAACACAGCAGCAGCGACGUGGAUCGGCUCAUACGACUGACGACUGUGGAAUCAUCACCGGACGUGAUGCCACCGAACUGCAAUGAUUUCCCCAGCACCCGGGUCCAAUCAUUAAACACAUCCACUAGCAGUAGUAGUAGUGGCAGUAGCAGCAGUAACAGUAGUAGUAGAACAAAUAUACACAGUAGCGUUUCAUCGCGCUGCACGUACGCCACGUGUCGCUUCUACCGGCGAAGGAGCGGGGCGCCGAAACGUUCCAGAAUGUCCCCGCUGUCAAGUCCAAAAGCAAAACCUUACAAGGAGUUCCGGAUGAUAGCAUCCAGCUCACCGUCGGCAUCAUCAUCCACAUCUUCGAUUUCGUCAAAUCUAGGAUCCGGAGUAGCUAGCAGCGGCGUGGCCAUGGGUGCAGGGGCCAGUUCUAGUGGUUCCAGGCUGAUGACGCAGCAACGCAGACGGCGCCGGAAACGGCGCACAAUUCACUACAAGCUGGAGGAUGUCGCUUCGGCAAAAACAGAAGUCGAAGAAGGCCGGAUCGAGAAAGAACCACAGGAAGAUUAUUCCGAUGAUGAUGAUGAUGACGAUGACGAGGAUGACGACGAGGAUUAUGUCGACGCAGCGGAACGAUUGGGCUCCGCUAGAACACAUUCCAACGGCAGUGAUGCCCAUGACAGUGGAAAGGACGAACCGAUCUCGAUGCCAUGGUUCGGCAUGGACAUCGGUGGUACCCUGACGAAGCUGGUGUACUUCGAACCCAAAGAUAUCACCCCGGAUGAGCUGGACCAGGAGGCGAAAAUCCUGCGCAACAUCCGGCGGUACCUGACGAAACAUUCGGCCUACGGGAAAACCGGGCACCGGGAUACCCAUCUGCAGAUGGACGACGUGGAAAUUCGGGGCCGCCGUGGAUCGCUCCACUUCAUUCGCUUCCCGACGGCCGAAAUGGACAAAUUCCUGGCGCUGGCCAAGCGUAAGGGAAUGGCCCAACUGGUGACCACGGUUUGUGCCACCGGUGGCGGGGCAUUCAAGUUCGAGGACAAUUUCCGCCAGGAGGUCAACAUGAAGCUGGCCAAAUUCGACGAACUGGAUGCGCUGAUCAAGGGUAUCCUGUUCACGGAAACGCACAAUCCAUGCGAGUGUUACUACUGGGAGAAAGCUAGUGAUAUUAGUAUAAGUUCAAAGAAAAAGUUCGACUUUAGUCAACCGUAUCCGUUCAUUCUGGUAAACGUGGGCUCGGGGGUGUCGGUCCUGUCUGUCCGGGGGUCGGAGGACUACAAGCGCAUUUCCGGCACCAGCCUGGGCGGAGGAACAUUCCUGGGGUUGUGCUGUCUGCUGACCGGGUGCAACUCGUUCGAGGAGGCCAUCCAGCUGGCCACCAAGGGUGACCACAAGCGGGUGGAUAAGCUGGUGAAAGACAUCUACGGCGGUGAUUACGAACGGUUUGGGCUGCCGGGAGAUUUGGUGGCGUCGAGCUUCGGUCAAAUGAAUCUGGAAGAACGGCGUAGCAGCGUGUCCCGGGAAGAUCUGGCCAAUGCCACGUUGGUGACCAUCACCAACAACAUUGGUUCGAUCGCACGAAUGUGUGCCAGCAAUGAGAAAAUCGAUCGGGUGGUCUUCGUGGGCAACUUCCUUCGGGUCAAUCCGAUCUCGAUGAAACUGCUGGCAUACGCCAUGGACUACUGGUCCAAGGGAACGCUCAAGGCUCUAUUCUUGGAGCACGAAGGUUAUUUUGGUGCUAUCGGAUGCUUGCUGCAGUUCAACGGUGAGCUUCACUCGCAUUUUAACAGCGAAUCUGAACUACUGUAAAAAUUAAAAAAAAAAAACACACACACGAAAAUCUAACGUUUCAAUACUAGCAUGCUUGCUAAAGCCUGGCAGCUACUUUUGGAAUGGUGCUAUUCGGUCGCUAGGCCGAAGUGGAGGUAAGUGAACGAAAGAGUCCACCAUCAUCGGUGUAUCGAAAUAAGCAGAAGAAAAUCACACAAAUCAAGAAUAACGCGACGGAUUUUACAAGAAAAACAUAUGAUUAAGAAUAUAACCAAAUCUACAAAUCGAAGAAUAGAGCAGGAAACAAUAUUGCAUAAGCGUAGAAGGGCAGUGGAAUACAUUCGAUAAGAUCUAGCUUUAGGGCACUGCAAUUCUAUAUCACCGGUUGAGUAAUAAAGUAAGAUAUACAUCUCGUGAGGUGCGUUUACGUCUUCGACUAGACAAUCUUAUGUUCUGUUGGUUAAGAUUAGGUCGUGUAUAUGGCUGAACUGAUUGUUUAGGAACAAUCAUUUUAAAUUUCGCUUCAGUUUCAACAAAAAAAAAAAAAAAAUAGGGAAAGUAGGUUAUUGUGUAAGUUUAGUCCUACUUUACCAAGUUUGCCUGUUUACAAAGGAAUGGCCGAAGCGUGAAUGCUGAUUUUUGUACGAAAUUAUGUAACUGAUAAGCCGUUUGAUUUUAGUUUAAAAUUAAAGUUUAUACAACGUAUAAGUUGAACUCUAGGUUAAUUUGGGAACUGAGAAAAGUUAAAAACUUCGAAAUCAUAUUUCCAUUUGUUCGUACUAUUCUAUGAUGAGACCUUGAAAAGUUAUGUUACGCUAUGAGCUGCAAAUGUAAUAUUUGCGCUGUUCUAUUAUAAGGUGUAAGCUAAAUUUAUUAAAUCUUAAACUUUUUCUCCAAGUUAGUUCAACGUUACUUCAAACAGCAUUCAAAAAAUAUCUCUAAAAAACUAUAAGUGCUUGAACCAUCGAUCUUAGAAAGACUAGGUAUUUCAACGCUGAAAUAAGAAAUGUGAGAAGUGAUAUCGAUUGGGAUAAUAUUUAAUUUGUUUAUAACAAUUUUUUUGUUGAACAGAACAGGUACCAAUUGGUUAAAAGAUUACUACAAUUUUCCGCUUAGUUGGCUAUUGAAUCAUAACAAACACUUUACAAAGCUUUUUCAAAGAGCACAAUCAUGGAGUCAGCUGUGUGAUAAUUUCAAUUACCACGUAGAAAACUCCAUGAAAUAGCAUAGUUAUAUUUUUCUGAAUUCACAACUUACUAUCAUUUCUGCUGUACAUAUUUCUUUCCGCAAUCAUUUUUAUUUAUUUCAAGCGUAAACCAAAACGAAAGUUUAUUUAUUCACCUUUUGAUCAAUUUGUGUUUCUUUUUUCAACUUCUCUGGAUUGUUACAGUCGAUCGUCGUUAUCACUUUUUUCUUCUCCUUUUUUGCAUUUGUCUAUUGUCAAGCCGUUUUGAAGAAACUUUUUUGAGAAUAAAACAUAGUAUAUUGAAAUUGGAUCUAUUGCAAUCGA